UUGUUCACCUACCUAAUUCUUCAACACUAGAUCUUCGAUCUACUAGGGGGGUUGCGGGGGUUGAAUUGCCUUCGAUCUGGAUUCCAGAGUACACCUUCUGCGGUUACCCUACGUAAGGUGCACGCCUCAUCUCAUCCAAAGACAAAGCCAAUUUGAUUCAUCGCUACUAUUCGACGCGCAAACCUCAAAUUUUGGCAAUUCGCAUGACCUUCCAUAUUUUCACUACGAUUUCGUCCCAUAUGAGCAAGAACCUUUUUCAUAGGCACACUGAAGGAAGUCAUUAUGCAGUUUAAGAUGGAAUAUUUAACGUUCGGAGAUUUCCUCCCCUUACCCAAGUCUACUACCCCCAACCUGCAUGGUAUGGGUAUAGCUCCCGCUCCUCUGAUAUAAUUAGAAAUACACCACGCUGACACAUGCAAAUCCACGAGGAGUUCGUCGGUUUAAUUUAUCUUCCAUCGCGCUCAUGGCAAACUAAGCUUCCAUUAUCUGCAUUUAAUAUAUUAAUUGUCAGUACUCCGUCUGAUGUGAUUUCCUCCUCGUUGGAGGCUUGACCCAAUGCCUCUCCCCGAGAAGACCAUCGCAUUAAUCGGCGCCGUCACGCCGUUCUUGAUCAUCGCCCUCCUGGCGGUGGUCUUGCGGCUCCAUGUUCGUGUGACUUUGCUGAGGAAUCCGGGAUGGGAUGACACUUUGUGUUUCCUGGCAGCAUGUUGCGCCUUAGGUACCUACCUAUCGAAUAUGGCGGGGGUGGGUGUCGGAUUUGGUAAACCGUUAUCAGAUAUUGCACCCGAAAACCGAGUCGAAUUGAUGAAGACGAUAUGGAUAUCCCCGCCCCUCUGGGGCCUCUCAUCCGCACUCAUAAAAAUGUCCAUCGUGACAUCCUACCGGCGCAUCUGGACCUCCCCUCGCUUCAAACUCUUCACCACAACCCUAGUAAUCUUCCUCGCCAUCUUCGGCCUCACGCUCUUCCUAGCCGGCAUCCUAGCCUGCAUCCCCGUAUCCCUCUCCUGGGCACCCCCCACCCCAUCCUCGCGGACCUCAGACCAUUGUCUCGAUAUCCCAACUUUCAUGUUCGCAACCUCAGUCCUAAAUACAUUCUUCGACAUCCUAAUCCUCGCGCUACCCGUGCCACUCGUGAAACGCUUGCAAAUCGCUCCACGCCAGAAAGCUGCGCUCACAGCUGUAUUUACGGUUGGAUUAGUCGUGGUCGUGGCGUCUGUUAUGCGGCUUGUCGUUAUAUACCGUCUUGACGCUACCACCGAUCCCUCGGAAGGCGGUGUUGAGUUGGGGCUUUGGUCGGGGGUUGAGUUGAAUGUGGCGAUUAUAUGUUCCUGCCUCCCAACCCUGCGACCGAUGCUCGCGCGCAUGUUCCCGAAAUUACUGGGUGGGACGUUGCGGAGUGCGUCAAGUUGGUACGGAUCUAGUGCUGGAACAAGAUCGACACGACGCUCGCGGCGGACUACGAAUGAUGGGAAUGGAUCGUAUCGCAUGCGCGAACUACCAUCUUCAGAUUCAGACGGGGCGUAUAUGAAGCCGGCGCAUAUGAUUGAUGUGGAUAUGGAAAGGGGCGUGGAUGCGAUGCACCAAGUUGAAGUUAUCCAUUCGGAGAAAAAGCACGUCUCGUAUAUGAAUCUAGACUAAACAACCGUGGUCCAAUAAAUAAAAUGUUCAUGAUUUCAUACCGUUAAUAACUCUAUUGUGCUCAUUAGCUCUGCUCGGGUAUCUC